GACGAGCCGCUACAUUUUGUUGAAUGAAUACAGUGUGUGAGUUCAGGUUUUGUUGGUAUGACUCAAGUUUGCUCCUGGACUGAUUCUAGGAUGAAGUUCAUGAAGCGAUACAGUGUGAAGAGUAGGUACUGGGUGCAUACAGCAUGACAUACUAACACAUAUAUGACAGCUGAAUUUUUCGUUUUUGCAUAUUUGUUUCUUAGAUCCAGCAGGUUUGCAUUGGCUAAAGUUUUGUAAUUCCAGCUAGUGCACUUUAGUGUGCUUUCUCAAGGAUUUGAUUAGCAUACCAUGCAUGCAGGGGUCUCUGUAGCUGCUUUUUUUUUUUUUUUUUUUGAAUGGAUUAUAUUUUAUUAGAAAUCAAUGGUUUCAGGUUCAGUGUAAUUCUACCCCUCUCACCACAGUAGAGCCUGGAAACUCCAGCAAUUUCCCUGAGACUGCUUUGCAGUGAGAAAAGCAAACAAACAAGAAUUGCCAAGCACUGACACAAGUGAAACCCCAGGCCAUCUGGAUGGAAAUGGAAGAUUUUGGAAAGAGAGGGCCAGACUGGGGAAUUAUUUUUCAAUCCAAUAACCAGUAGAUCAUCAUGACUUUGUUAAUAGCGUUGGGCAGGCUUGGAAAAAUGGGGCUGUUCUAAUAUGACCCAGUUGUUUUGGUUGCUACAAAAUAGCCUCUCAUUCCCAGACACACAGAGCACAAACACUAGACUAGGUGCUUCGGUUUAUUUUCUUUUCAUGUUAUUAUUCAGCCCUGUAGGCCAGAGUUUCAUACCGUUGUGCAUGCAUGUGUUUCUGUGUAUGUUUGCUUGUUGUGGUUCUUAAUGCAAAGCUUGUGUUGCAAGAAAUGAGAGUUCGGCGACACAUGGUACAAAAAAAAGUGUGGAAUCCCUUUACUAAAAUCUUUCUUGUAUGAUCUUUCAUGUAUUUAUGACUGUCUGCCAGAUCUUCCCAUAGUUAGAAAUAAAACACUCUCCUCAACUUCUCAUUGUGUAGGGUCUGGCAGCUGAUUGGCUGUUUUUGCUGUUGAAGUACUUUUGUUUUUUGAAUGAAAUGGUUUUCUCUGCAGCCUCUUAAAGCUUUGUGUUUUAUGGGCAUUUUUUUUUACACUUUAUUACUCAGUAAAUAAGAGGAGUUUAUAAAUCAAUCAGCAGAAAGUUUGUGCUGGGCUCUGCUCUGAUCGAUGUGAGGCUAAAGACAAGAGAUUAGAUACACACUUUUGGCUUAGCUUCACUAAUGAAUAACUCUGAUGACUGCGCGUUUUACUGUGUGCGCGUGUCUUAAAGUAAUACUAUAACAGGUGAUGGAUUGGUCCUGGUUUUUAUGGGGCUUUUUCAGGUUACUUAAGAUUCUGCUAUUUCUGUGUGUCUAUUUCAUUUUCUCUUUUUACACUUGAUCUGUUCGGACUUGCAAUUAUCUUGAGCUUCUAAGUGAUACCAGUAGUAUUUAGAUCAUGUUUGAUACUGCAAGUCUGUGCUAUUGUCUGUUUUAAGAAUAGCUUCUGGCACAAAAGAUAAGAAUCUAUGUUCCACUAUGUCUAAGGAAGCUUAGCUGGUAACAUUGCCAGCUGGUUGAGAUUUAUCUUUAAGAACCACAAGGAGAGAGACAGAUCUUCUCCUGGAGCACAUGUAGAUUGUACUGACCAAUAAGAAGAUGAAUGUAGACAUAACAUACAACACGGGAAAUGUAUAAGAAAUUCUACAUUUCCAUUUUAGGAAUAUAGUUAAAUUUUAUACAGUAACCAGUUUGGAAUAUGAUUCAUAAACCAGUAAGAUAUUCAUUGACUGACUGACUGUGCCAAAUUGUGUUUCAAACACCAAGCAAUCUUUUACAAUUUUCAGUCUCCUUAACUUAUUAUUUAGAAAUUUUAUAGAUGUUAUGAUAAGGAGAAAUGCUACAGUGGUGAUAUAAUGAACCUGGCACUGGCCUGUCUAUCCCAGGGGGGAUAUGAACCUCAGUUUGGGGAAACAAAGGCAUCAAUAUCUAAGGCUCCCUAUGAAGGUUUUUCAGUCCAUGCUCAUUGCACACAGUGUGCUCUUCUGAUAACCUCAUUAUCUGCCCUCAUCCCACUGGUUACUUCUUCAUUUUUCAUUUUAUGUCCAUGGAGAGUUUGGACUGUUAUGUUGCGUUAUCAGUUCUCAUGUUGGCCCAUAAAUCUCCAGCUGGAAACUUUGCAUGAUGUAAUAGCGGAGAAAUCCCGUCUGGCUGUUGUACUGGUGGUUUCCUGAAAUCACUAUGUGCCUUCAUAUGUGACAACAAAACCUGGGUUUGUGUGCUUUCCUAGAGUGUUGUGGUUGAGCUGUCACCUUGCCACACCAGAGAAGUCACAGGAAAGAAUGUGGUCCUUGAGGGUGAUUUGCGCUCUGUUUCUCUCUUUUGUGCUUCAAGAUGUUUCCUAUUAAUGUCUUGUUUGAUUCUAAAGCUAAGUCAUUUUUUAUUUAGAUAGAACUAAUGCUGUUUUGCCAAGUGCUGUAGGCCCUGAAAAUAGUUACCUUUCAGCAAACAUUAACCCAAGUCUAAAUAAGUAAAACUUGGAUGUGUUAAAGGCCGCCCCCUUCUUUACCCUCUCUGACCCCAGAACACACUAUCCAGUCGGCAUGUUCUGUGUAAGAGGAGAUGAGCGCUCCAGAUUUGUUGUUGUAUGGUAACAUAAGUGGGUUAGGAGGGGAGCUGAGAGCGUGAUAAGUUUUAUGCUUGUGGCUGUGUGUGAAUGAUAAUGUGCUAUUUGGUGCCAUUUGUUUGUGUUUAUGUUUAUGCAUCUGUUCGUGCCUGUGUUUGCCCUAGCAUGUGUGUUCUCAUGCUACACUUGUCUACUCUGGCUGUGGGGACCUUCUUUUCAGGUCCACAGUUGCUCUCUAUUGACCUGGUAUAUCUGCGUCAGUAUCCGUCCAUCAGUCUCUUGCUUUUCCUCUAAAUGUGCUGCUUUUUCAAGCUUUCUCUCACUUACUUGUUGUCCAGACGUGACUGUCAUUGCUCACUGUUCUGUCCUUCCUCAGCCUCGUCAACUAUUUCUUGUUUACCUAUUAGCAGUGACUUAACCUCACUAUUCCUGCCACUUCCCAUUCCUUCUUCAGCCUGUUCCCAACCGUUACUCUCACUUCUGGUCUUCACUCUAAUCACAUUUCAUAUUUGUUACAUUUUCUAGGGACUUCCUCUUAAUGGCUUGAGUCUAUCAAAUCAGUAAAAUAACAAAAUAUCAAAUCAAUAAAAAGCUAUAGAUUGAGACUGUUUGUUUUUGGGUAGAAAUUGAAUUCUGGUGCUUUUCUCAGCCUGAUGCUACACCUCAUUUUGAGGAGAGUCCUUUGUCAUCUUUGUCACACCUUCACUUGGCAGACUUGUGGAUGGUUGAUGAGAACGAGUAAAGGGAAAUGGGAGAGGAGAAAGAUUGAGUUGGUGAGUCACUGUCCAUAAGGAGGGUAUUGCAAACAGUUUGUAGCAGGCAUUGUCUCUCGGCACACAUAUAAAGUGCUGGAUGCCCUGUUGCAUAAGCUUAUUUUAUUAUUAUGUUGUUGUUUUUUCAAGUGUCUGUAUAUGCUGUGCAUCAAUUGUAAACUCCCCAGUGAUUGGUCAGUUCUCCAUUAUCCCUCAGGUUUUAUCUAAAACUGUUGCGAUUUGAUGUCACUAAACAUGGCAUUGGCUGUGGGCCAAAUAAGUAUCAAGUAAUUCAUUGAGUUUCCAAUAAUAUGAAGCAUGCUGUUGAUGUGGAAGGCUGUAAAAUCAAUACAGGUCUGAAGAAGCUGUUGAGGUACAAUGAGUCACCAGAUUAUGUAGCAGAAAUCUCAAGCCUGAGCUCUAUUCUUGGCUGCUUUACGUGUGGUUUAGUGGUGGAAGUAAACUGAUAUUCUACCACAUGUCUGUGUAGUGAUCCCUGGCCUCUCAAACAAAGUGAUUCCCCAUACAGUAAGUCUGCGGGCAAUAAAAAUUGGCAUUCAUUAGGACACUGAAGAAUCUCCCAGUGUAACUGUUUUCACUAAGACUGAGUGACUGGUGCAAGUAUAGAAAUAAAUGUAAUUAUUUUAUAUAUCCAUUUUCUUACACUUGCACAAUUCAGGGUCAUAGUUGGAGCCUAUUCCAGCUGUCCACCCAGACAGGUCACCAGUCUAUUACAGAGAGGCAGAUUUCCAUUCAAGCUCACAAUCGCACCAAUGGACAAUUUAGAAUCACCAGUUAACCAAACGUGUUUGGGUGGUGGGAGGAAACCGUAGUGCUCUGAGAGAACCCUUGCAAGCAAAGGGAGACGAUGCAAAUGUCACACAGAAAGACCUCCAGUCAACCAGUGGUGUCAAACCAGGAGCUUUUUGCUUUGAGGCAACAAUGUUAACCACUGGACCAACAACUCUCCCUGAAUAAUGCAAGUGAUAGCAAAUGCCACAGUCUAUGCCAGCACUCAGAAUGGUUUAAUAUUAGGAAAUAGGUGAAACAAAUAGGAAGGUGGUGCCACUAGACAAAAAUCCAAAAGUAACCUUUCAGCAUAUAAUAAAUCGAGUUGUCUAAGAGGAGUUUUUACUCCUGCAACUGCUUUCGGCUCUGUUCUGCCCCAUGAUAGGGAAACUUUGGCCAAUCUGAUCUUUUCUGGAAAAGAACAGUCAAAUAGUGUGGCGUAGUAUGAAGAAAAAGUUUGGGUAUAAAGCACCCCACUAUGCAGUGGGCUAAGGAGAGGGCAUUCUUAGAGGAAAGCUGGAUUUGAUUUCUUUGUAAAGCCAUAAGUCAACAUUGGCAUUAUUUUAAUACAUACCAACACAUACAUAUCAAACCGGCAGGGUGGAAUGGGGCUCAGAAGAGAGAAGGAAAAGCUGUGGAAGGCGGGGCAUCUACUUUCAAAUUCUGGUCCUUUCCUAGAUUGCUGCCAACAGGAACUCUAAUUUAUUUUGCAAAUAAACCAGUGGAGCUCCACCAGAUUCUUUUAUUUGUGGUUGUGUCCACUUUUCAGUUAAGGCAACCCAGAGCAAAGGUAUGUUUUCUUGCAAUGCUCUAUAAAUUAUACAGAUUUAUAAACAUUGCUACUGAUGAAUUGCUGUUUCCAUUCCAUUAAAAAAAUAAUGAAUUUUGACAGAUUAGUUAAAUGUUUGUGUCUUUCAACAAGUGGAUGUAUGUAAAAGAUUAAGCUCAGAUGGUUACACAAAGCAAGAGAUAGAAAGGAGGGAGGGGAGAAAAAGACAGAGAGAGAGCGAGAGAGAGAUAGAGAGAGGAAAGACUAAGACGGAAAGUGAGAGCCAGACUCACUGAGACUCUGGGGGUUUUUUUCAGUUAGCUGUAUCAGGGUAGUAAGACUUGUCUGGUGUUGCUCCACCUCACUCCUUACUCACUGUCUGGAAUCAGGCCUGACUGUGAGGGAAUAUAGGAACGUCUUCAAAAGGAGGUCCAGUGUGUGAUGAGCCAGCAGAGGGGAAGCGGAAAGGUCGUCCUAAAGCAGAAAUGCAGGAACUGAGAAGCAUCCCUGCCCAUAUGAUAGUACAAUGGAAGGAAGAGUUUAAGCGGCGCUCCAGGGUAAAAUGUCCGUGUUCAGGCUGCUGGUUAGAGUUUCCCAGCAUCUAUGGCGUCAAGUACCACUAUCAGCGCUGCCCGGGGGCCACCGUAGCUGAAAAGCUGAGUCAUGGCUGUCCCUACUGUGAGGCCGUGUUUGCCACAAAGGUGCGUCUGCAGAAACACAAACUGUGGAAUCAUCCAGAGAGAGUCAGCAUGGAAACCAAGGACGAGCAACCUAAGCUUCAAAAGACUUUUGUGAAGUCCAGCGCUAAGAAAAGGCCCAUGGAGAUCAGUCCCCCCUCUCCUGUGUUCUUCAAAGUGAAAAAGACCCAUGACGUGUCCACACCCUCUCAGAAUGGGGAGCUGGCCUACCAGAAAAAUGAGAGGAAACAGCACAGCCACAGCCAGCCUUCACAACAAAUUCACCAGACCCUGCCAGUCCAGCCUCACUCCCAGCAAUCUCAUUCCCAAAGCACGUCAUCUGAUGCAGGGGGAAGUGAAAGCGAGGGGGGCAGCCUUCCCUCUUCUUUUCCUGACGAAGACCCAGAGCGAAUGAAGCACAGACGAAAGCAGAAAACACCUAAGAAAUUCACUGGAGAACAGCCCUCAAUAUCUGGAACUUUUGGAUUGAAAGGUAUGACUAAGGUAGAGGAGAAGCUGAAGGCAGGCCGUGUGAAGAGACCAGAGGGGAGUGGGUUCAUUGAGGAGGCUCAGAGAAGACCUUCGUCAGUUCAGCCCUCCAGAAAAGACUCGGCCACAACAAGCUCUGGAGCUGUUCCUGACACUCAGUGGCAGCGAGCAAUCUCAGAGAGAGGUGAAGUGGUGUGUCCCACUUGCUCCAUCGUUACCAGGAAAACAAUCCAUGGCCUCAAGAAACACAUGGAGAUUUGUCAAAAGCUCCAGGAUGCCCUGAAGUGCCAGCAGUGCCACAAGCAGUUCAGGUCCAAGGCCGGCCUCAACUACCACACCAUGGCCGAGCACAACAGCAAGCCCUCAGGGAGUGAAGGCCAGACGGGCAACGAGCAUGAGGAGAGGGAAAGGCUGCGCCGAGUGCUCAAACAAAUGGGACGAAUCAAGUGUCCCAGUGAGGGCUGUUCAGCCCACUUUUCCAGUCUGAUGGGCUACCAGUAUCACCAGCAGCGUUGUGGAAGAGAGUGUUCUGACGAUGCGAAGCCUGUGUUUCUGUGCCAGCACUGUGGAAAAAGCUACCGCUCCAAGGCUGGCAGAGACUACCAUGUACGCACCGAACACUCCCCGGCCAUCACCACCACACUGACAGCCGCAGCCACCACCAACCUCAUGGAUAGUAUCACUGACACCAACAACAACACUGGCAAGGAGAGGGUCUUACUGUUCCUUCAGGUGAUCUCUGAAGAAUCUCCAACAGGAGGUAAGAAGGAGCAAAGCCAAACUGAAAGGAAACGGUGGCAAGAGAAAGCCCCAUCCAGCCAUCCUAAGGAGAAGGACAGAGGCGCUAGAGAGAAAGACAGGGAAAAGGAAAGGGAGCAGGAACAAGGUCAACAAAAAGCAGCACAGAUUGAGAGACAGGGGGAGGACUUUGAAAGGACCCCCAGUGGCAGGGUGAGACGGCGGUCAGCUCAGGUGGCGGUGUUCCACCUGCAAGAAAUAGCUGAGGAUGAGCUGGCUAAAGACUGGGGCACAAAACGCCGCAUCAAGGAUGACCUGGUUCCUGACAGCAAGAGGUUAAACUACACCCGCCCUGGCCUCCCCAACUUCAGCCCAGAGCUUCUAGAGGCUUGGAAAAACCAAGUCAAGGAGAAGGGCUUCAUCUGCUGCACAAACGAAAACUGUGAAGCUGUCUAUUCCAGCGUGUCAGGACUAAAGGCCCAUCUCGCCAACUGCAGCAAGGGUGGUGGCGAAAUGGGGAAGUACACCUGUCUGAUCUGUCAGAAGGAGUUCAGCUCGGAGAGUGGCGUCAAAUACCAUAUUAGCAAGACACACUCACAGAACUGGUUCCGUGCAGCUGCCAGUCAAGUUGUGUCCAGUAGCAAAACUAAAGUCCCAGAGAACAAUGGGAUAAAGGCCGAAGUGAGGAACGGAGCCACGACUGGUAAAAAGAGGGGCCGUAAACCAAAAGAGCGCCCCCCUGUGAAUGUACCUCUCGAAACAAAAACUGAGGCGCUUACCACCCAAAACUCAACCCCUGCCGCGACUCUGUUCUCUGGCACAGCACAGCCCCCAACUCUGUUCCCUGACCCAACGGACAGUGAUAAUUCAGGCCAAAACAGACAGCCAAUUCCCUCCGCCACCAGAAGAAACAAACCCAAGAGGCUGUUACUGUCCGACUAGCUCUGCUUUUGUUGACCUAGGAGCCCAAGAGGAUUCUUUCUUUAAAUAUCUGCCAGGAAGCUUAAAGACAUUUCUAGCGCUACAAGAACUUGGCACUGAGAAGAAAGCCAAAAAUCAACCAAUAUGAAGUAAAACCCAGUCUUCAAAUCUUGGUUUCGAACCCCCCGAGAUAAUGUGUAUACUGUUGUACUCAGAACAGUAGUGUUUUAUUUCCCCAUUCCACUUUUGUCUCCCAUUUAAGGCACAUUUUUCAAUUUCUGUACUCACAGCAGGGGUGUCAGUAGUAAUCAAAGUCCUGACCUAAACAUAGAUUUUUUUUUUAAACAGAGUUAGUAUUCUAAAUACCAAUGGAGAGUCAUUUUCUCUGCAAGAUUUGUGUUGUGUUUGAGAGGUUUUAAAAAGGAUAUUCUAUUAGCAUGGUGAAGUCAUUUAAUAAUAGCUAGUGUUUUCACAUUUUUUCACAGAUAUACUGUACUGUGUACAUGAACAAUAUCUAUAUCUAUAUCUAUAUACUCAAAGCAAUGAUGCCAUCCGUCAUUUCCAAGCCUGAAACAUCCAAUUGGAUCAUAAGCGGUCAGAAUUUUUUGCAGUGUGUGCUUUAGUGCAAUGUUGUUUUAAUAUAGUUUUUUUUCUAGUUUGACUUUUAUUGUUUCUUGCUUUUCAUGUUUUACAUAAGCAAAUGUCAUAUAAGCUAAAAUGUUUGUAAGUUGUUCAUGUUUCACAUUAUUUUUUACAGUUGUUACUUCCAAGGAUUUUUUUUCACAUGACUGUGAACAGUAUCUGCUUUGACAACCAUAAUUAAGUGUGAAAAGAUUAUUUCCAGACUGGUUUUACACGGAAGUUGCGAAGCAGAAUACCCAGAAAAGUGACUGAUAUUUUCAUCUGUAAGGCAUACUGCAACUUAGUUGCUAUUAGAAAUAGAAAGACACGUUUAAUUGAAUUUAAAAAAAAAAAACAACCAGGAAAAAAAUGUUGAAACACUCUAAAAUCGGUCUAGCAAAGCUAAAUGUUUGACAGGAGGAAGAAUUCUGUGUGAAGCUUGUUGCACCAUUGCAGCACAAUCAAAUGAUGAGGCCACGUUUUGGCUACUGCUUUAGCUUGAAUCAAAGCUGAGGAGGGAAUUUUAAAAAUAUACUAUCUUUUCUAGAGAGGUCCAGGAUAAUAAUCUUUUAUUAAACAGAAAAACUGCUAAUUAAGAUUCACAUAUAAUAAUGUAAAUGAAUGAAUUCUUGAACGCUCAAAGUUAUUGCCUUGCACUUUAACCUUUAACCCUUCCUGCUCCCCUCUUGUAGUUUUGCACUCCAGAACUAUUCACCCUAACCUAGUGGCUGUCUGGUGCAGGAGUGGGAUUUUUGUUUGUUUGUUUUUUUAAACUCUGGUGGUAAACUAGAGAAAGAGACUAAGUUUGUCAUGAGCAACGUGACUGACACUUUCUAUAUUGUAUCUGAAAUCCAACGCAAUGGUAUAAUUAUGAUUCACCUCACAAAGCCAUAACUGGUCUUAUUGAAGUUUAGGGCUGCUUAGCCACUUAAUGUUAGAUUAGCUUAAAAUAUAUAAAUAUAUAAACAAAAUAUUAAAUGACUUUUCAAAAUCUAAAAGAUUAGAGAAUAUUUUCACUUUAACAUGUUGAAAGUAGAUACUUGAAUCCACAGUUGUAUUAACAAUUUGAGCAAAUUAAAACUCCAUGAAUAUUUGAUUUAUAUUUGAAGUUUAUGUCCAUGAAAAUAACGACUUGCUUGCUUAAAAAAAUACAGAUCAUAAAUCUAUUUUAUAUUCUAUGGUGUGUGUUACUUAGAUAGCAAUCUGAUAGCUUUGGAUAAAAUUAUGUGAGGAUAUUCUGGUGAGAUAAUAAGGGUGCUUUACUUGCCACUCUACCUUAAGGGCCUGAUACAACUCACUCAAGUCCAUAUUAUCCUUACUGGCAAGUCCUCUGAAUUUUGCAUCAUAAUGUCAAUGUCAUUAAAAUCAAGCACUGAUGUCAGCAGAACAUUUUCAAGAAACAUUGAAUUUGAAAUGUGUGUUUUUCCAGGUGGUUUCAUUCCUACGCUGUGACUUUUUAUAACGUAACGCAAAGAUUCAAUCUGAAUUCCUCCAUUGCUAAUCAACUGAUGGAGUUAAUUCAGGUGGGGAUGAUUAUGCACGUGUCUCUGUCAUGGGGAUGGACCUUUAUCUUCUACCUGGGUUCAGAUGACAGAGAGGAUAAGAUGAACAAGCACUGAGUGGUCCUCGGACCUUUUCAAUAUGAGUUGUCCAGACUUUGUGUGUGUGCGUGUGUGUGUGUGUAUUAAACAGUUAGCACCUUUUUUUGUAAUGACUGGAUGUCAGAAAUAGUAACACUUUUGAGUGUUAUGCUGUGGCACAGAAUCAGUUCAUCAGCUGCUUGUUACUCGUUUCAUUAAUGACGUCACAUUGACUGUGUUUACCUGACGAGCUUUGGUGUUGCAAUAUGAUAGUUUAGCACUGCUUUUAACAGUGGGUAUUUUAUAUUUUAUCACACCCUUUACUAUCUGUCUUCCUAUGAUGUGGAAAACACAUAUCUAUCCCGCAGUGUGAGCUAACUGCAACAUGUUUAGAGAGUACAGCAAUACACCAUAUUUAGCUGAUUUUGUUGGCUUGCUGAUAUUUUGAUAUCGAUGUGUCUUCUCGAAAUUGUAUGGCUUUUUUUCCCACUCCCCUUCUUUUAUUAAUUUGCUUUAAAAAAAAAUGCUUUUUACAUAUGAUGAAAUCUACACAAAAAAGGUUGAGAAACUUUGUAGACCACAAACAACAUUGUAGGCCUGAGUGUUGGCAUACACUGUUAUUUGAUCCAUUUUGACGAUGCACAUAAAUUGAGCUUUUUCAGUACAUGAUGGCAAGCAGAUUGAGAGAGUCCUUUUAUUAUUAUCUAUUCAGUAUGGGACAACAAGGCAUAUGUAUGUGUGUUUGUUUCUGUAUUUAGUGCACUUACUAUACCAUGAAAUAGGCUUGAAAUAGGAGUGUUGUUGGAGCUUUCUAGUUACCUGGACUGUGUGUGGUGUGACUUUUGUACCUGGGGAAACAGCAGGCUCAAGUGUCUUCCCUUUGUCAGCAAUGUUAUUUCCAAAACCAAGAUUAUUCCUUAGAAAUUCCCCUAGACAGCUGAAGAAGUUUACACUUUUUAUUUGGUGGUUUGUUUUGUAUGCUACCUAGUUCAAAAGCAGGAAAUGGCAUCCAGCUCUGUUGUUGGGGUCAUUGUGAUGAGUUUUAAGAGAUGAUGUUGUAGCUCAUAACUGUUUAUGGUAUAUAGGUAACAAAUUAAAUGAGACUAAUGAUGUAUUAAAGAUUUCCAUAUCUGAAAUUAAGCUGUAUAGUACCUAACAUUGGAGGAUUCAACACCUCCUUUGAGUCUGAACUGUUACAAUUUUUUCUCCCAAACUUGUUGUAUUACCUGUGCAUUAGUAUCCCUUAACUAAUUAAUAAAAGUUUGUUGACUAAA